AUGCUCUCUAGCUCUGCACAACUGUACGUUUGGAGGUCUUCUGCCGAUCUGGUCUGUCUGAACAUCACGUCUGACAGCAGAGGCGUGGUCGCGUUCACUGUGCCACCUCAAGAUCAGGAAAUUGAGAAGAUAUCCAUUCAGGCCACGACGCCAAAAUCGUCCAGUCUCAAGUACGACAUCACGGGCUGGUCCUCUGAGUCAGGAGCCUUUGUGCAGCUGCUUCGGCUGCCCCGCAAGGAGUUCACGUGCGGCGCUGAGGCCCACAUUGACGUCUUCUUCACGACCCGUCUGGGAUCGCAGUUCGAGCUGUUUUACCAGGUCACGGCCAACAGCGACAUCUUGCUGGCGGACUUAGUGCCGGUGACGUUUUCCGAGGCGGUCGACGCCUCUGCACUGCAGGAGGGCGGGGUCGUUGACCUGCCCACGGUGUCCGGGUCACAUCCCGUCGGUCAGGUGACCCUCGCGAUCCCAGUGACGUCAUCCAUGUCCUCGGGCUUCCAAGUCCUGGUCUACAUGGUGAUUGAUGGUGAGGUGAUCGCGGACAGCCAGUCGUACGCUGCGGGGCGCUGUCUGGACAACCAGGUGUCGCUGCACUGGUCGCCUGACCGCGUCCAGCCGCGAGACACCGUGCAUCUGACGGUGACGGCUGCUCCCGGCUCGCUUUGUGGACUCGAUGUCGUUGACAAAUCGGUGAGUCUACUCGGCGAUGAGAACAAGAUCACGCUGUCUGACAUCUAUAAGAGCCUUCGAUUUCUCAUCUCGAGUGAUGACAUCGUUAGGAUCAACGACGAUGAGUAG